UUUUAACAAAAAGCGCCAUUUGCAGCAACGUAAACGUUUCGGUGAACGCUCAUGUUUCUGACGAGCAGACGUCACUUUACUCAAGAUGGCGUCUGGAUCUAAUGGAGCAUCAACAUCAGAAGAACCCUUACCUGUGAGGUCACGACUUAUUCUACAACAGUGUCUUUCAGCAAAGCUUAUGGUUCAGCCAAGAACAGAUACACAAGAGGAGCAGUUUGUAGAAAUUGGUCGUGGAUUAAUAAUAUACAUCUGCUUCUUUAGAGGGGCAACUGAAGAUAUGGUGGAAAAAAUGGUGAAGGCAGCCCUAACUGCAUGUUUAAGCGAGUCAGAAACUGGAAAACUUGUAUCAGUAUUAGAUUUACCUGGUGAUGUUCUUAUCAUUCCACAGGCCACACUGGGUGGCAGUUUGAAGGGUAAAAGAAUGCAAUACCAUAGAAACAUCAAUAAAGAGGAUGGAUAUAAUUUAUACUCAAAGUUUGCCAAGUUGUGUGAUAUAUAUGUAACAGGUGCACCAAAAUGUAGAGAACAACAGAAAGUGGUAAGAGCAGGAACUUAUGGUAACAGACAAGUAUUCUCAACUCAAACAAAUGGACCAUAUACACAUUACUUAGAGUUUUAGUUCUCUUCUUGUUUUUAUUUCUUAUUUGUUUUGUGUUUUAUUGUGAUUUGUUAUGUGACAUUAUUCUUUCAUUCUCGCAGGGUCUUUCAAAUAGAAAGUUGAAAGACCCUUAUUCUCGACAGUCUGUAAUAAAAUAAUUGAAGAUAUAAAUUUAAGAUUUAUUUA